AUGGCCGUAGAGACGCUCCCGAUGCGGUCCUUUCCCGAUGGCGCCGCUCCCCCGAGCCCGCCCUCCACGGCGAAGCACUCGCAGUCGCCGAGUCUCGCCGGCGAGCGGCAGGACGCGUCGUCCCUGCCGCCGCUCCAUUCCCAGAAGAGCGCCCUUCUCAAGAGCUACCCCCUUCCGCCGCGCAACGGCGUCAAGUCGGUGCAGCCACAGGACCUCAAGACACCGGACGCCCACGUGGAGCGCGACCCGCGGCUGAUCCGGCUGACCGGCGUGCACCCGCUCAACUGCGAGGCGCCGCUGUCCGACCUCUACGACGAGGGCUUCCUGACCUCGGAGGACCUGCACUUUGUGCGCAACCACGGGUCCGUCCCCGCCUGCGAGGACGAAGAAGUGCUGGACUGGACCUUUUCCGUGGAGGGCAUGGUGCGCCGGCCGUUCUCGCUGUCGGUGCGGGAGCUGGUGGAGGGCUACGAGCAGGCGACGUACCCGGUGACGCUGGUGUGCGCGGGCAACCGCCGCAAGGAGCAGAACGUGGUGCGCAAGUCCAAGGGCUUCUCGUGGGGCGCGGCCGGCCUGUCGACGGCGCUGUGGACGGGCGUUCCCGUCGGGGAGCUGCUGGCGGCGGCCGGGGGCGCGGUGCGCGGCGCGCGCUACGUGUGCUUCGAGGGCGCGGACGAGCUGCCCAACGGCCACUACGGGACGUCGGUGAAGCUGAACUGGUGUCUUAAUGAGGAUAGGGGGAUUAUGGUGGCGCAUAGGAUGAACGGGCGAGCGCUGCACCCGGACCACGGGAAGCCGGUGCGGGUGGUCAUCCCGGGCCAGAUCGGCGGCCGGAGCGUCAAGUGGUUGAAAAGAAUCAUCGUCACUAGAGAGCCGAGCGACAACUGGUAUCACAUUUACGACAAUCGUGUCUUGCCGACGAUGAUCACACCUGAGCAAAGUGCCAAUCUACCUGAUGUGUGGAAGGAUGAGAAGUACGCCAUCUACGACCUUAACACUAACAGCGCCGUCUGCUACCCGCAGCACGACGAGAUGGUCCCGCUGGAUGGUAGUAAUAAGACGUAUAAGGUGCGUGGCUAUGCUUAUAGCGGAGGCGGCAAGCGCGUCACGCGUCUUGAGGUGACCCUGGAUAAGGGUAGGAGCUGGAGACUUGCCUUGAUCAACUACCCCGAAGACGAGUACCGCAACGCGGCGGACGGCGACGAGCUGUACGGCGGCAAGAUGGACGUGUGGUGGCGGGAGACGUGCUUCUGCUGGUGCUUCUGGGAGCUGGACAUCCCUGUCGGCGAGCUGGCCGGCGCGUCGGACCUGAUGAUCCGCGCCAUGGACGAGGGCCUGAUGGCGCAGCCGCGCGACAUGUACUGGUCCGUCCUGGGAAUGAUGAACAACCCGUGGUACCGCCUCGUGAUCCACAAGGAAGACCGGUUUCUGAGGUUUGAGCACCCGACACAGCCGGCGCUGAUGUUGGGCGGCUGGAUGGAGCGCGUCAAGAAGGCGGGCGGGAACAUUGCGAACGGCUUCUGGGGCGAGAAGACUGGGAAGGAAGAAGAGGAGGAAGUCGAGGUAAAGCAAGAGGAAAGGCAGAUUUCGAUGAUUAGUCCAGAGACCAAGCGCACGAUUACGCUGGCUGAGCUGGAGCAGCACGGUGGUGAGGAGGAGCCCUGGUUUGUGGUCGAGGGCCAGGUGUACGACGGGACCGAGUACCUGGACGAUCAUCCCGGCGGCGCGACCUCGAUAUUUGCAGCUGCUGCGACGGACUGCACUGAGGAAUUCUUGGCCAUUCACAGUGAAAAUGCCAAGGCGAUGCUGCCAAAAUACCACAUCGGCACUCUUGACGAGCAUGCCCGGGCUGCCUUGGCCGGCAAGGCGGCCGAGGUCGAGGACGCCGCCCGUCCCGUCUUCCUGCAAGCCAAGGCCUGGAGCCGGGCCCGUCUGUGCUCCAAGGUGGACGUCUCCCCCGACAGCAAGCUCUUCUCCUUUGCGCUCGACCACGACCAGCAGACGAUCGGCCUGCCCGUCGGCCAGCACGUGCUGAUGCGGCUCCGCGACCCGGCGACCCGCGAGGCCAUCAUCCGGGCCUACACGCCAAUCUCCCGCUCCGACGCCCGCGGCACGCUCGACUUUGUGGUCAAGAUCUACCCGCCGACCGCGACGCAGGCUGGCGGCGUGAUGACCACGGCGCUCGACUCCAUUCCGGUCGGGCACCCGGUCGACUUCAAGGGCCCGGUAGGCAGGUUCGAGUACGCGGGCGACGGGCUCUGCCGGGUCGCGGGCCGCGCGCGCCACGUGGACAGGCUGGUGAUGGUGUGCGCGGGGACGGGGGUGACGCCGAUGUUGGCGGUGCUGCGCGCGGUGGUGGGCGGCGGGCCGGAGGACGCGACAGAGUGCGUGGUGCUGGACGGUAAUAGAACGGAGGAGGACAUCCUGUGCAGAGCGGAACUGGAGGCGCUGGUGGGAGGCAGCGGUGGGAGGGCGAGGCUGGUACACACGCUGUCGGAGCCGGGGGAGGGCUGGCGCGGGCGGCGCGGAAGGAUGGACAGGGUGUUUCUGGAGGGGUUCGCGGGGAGGCCACCGCAGAAGCAGCAGGGGAGUGAUGACGGUGAGGAGGAGGAGGAGGAGGAGGAGUCGGCGAUGGCGUUGGUCUGCGGACCAAAGGCGCUGGAGGACAAUGUUCUGGACAUCUUGAAGGACUUGGGGUGGGAUGAAGAUGACAUUCUCUUCUUUUAG